GAAAGGAUUAUCGUCAUGUGAUUUAAUUGGCGCGUUUAGCAUUAUCGGCGAUACGCGAAACACACUUAACGGUGGAUUCAAUAACAUCAGUGAGCAUAGAUUCACUCAUUCAGCAAUGUCCUUCUUUUACGCCGCUGCCACUCACUGCUUAUAGAUCGAGUUUAUGUACUUUCCCUCUCAAAGGCUACGCGGCGUGGUCUUUAUCCAGCCUCUAUUCUUGAAUUCGAGAACAUUUGCAUUGCCGCGAUUCUCAACUUGUCCAGGCAACAAGCCAACCUUUACGAUGUUCCAUAAAGCCGUCAAAGAACACCCCAGGCCUAUGAAGCCUCUGAACUCAAAUACUGGACUAUUGAACUCGAACAGCUUUUCGACUUCCAAAACCAACGCGUCUGUUGCUGGGGCUAAGCGCAAAUUCGAUAUGGCCAAUUCCGGACUCUCUAUGCUGGGAUCGCUGCACAAUGAAGUAUAUUUCGACGAAAAUGAUUUCGAUGAUGACGAUGAUCUAGACUUUGAGGCCCCCGAUCCUCUUCCACCUAGCCAAAAAACUGCAUCUGUGUCCAACAGUUUUUCGAAACGGGAAGGGACAAGUGGUGAUACCCCAAGUUAUCCUGACCUUUCCCAUAUCAGCACAGGCUCAACAGUGCCUGUCAGUAGGGCGGCCUCAUUUCAGGAUGAUGUGAAAUACCCCGAGCUCUCACAAUUGGAUCAAACACAUCGAGAAGCAGUAUCGCAAAGCAGCGCGCCGAUUCCGUGGUCAUCAUCGCCUCCUUCACAUCACCUGCCACCACCCCAGAAACGCCGGAUAUUGCCUUGGGGAGAUAAUGAGUCUUAUACCUGUCGUAAAGAUCCAGUAACGCCAGCACCCCAGCGGACUGUUACCAAAAAAUCCGAAAUGCCAUGGAACAAAACUGCAAGCGCUGUGAAAGAUGAACAAAAGGAAUUGAGAAAGUUGAGCAAAAAGAAGAUGGCUUCUGUGGGUGACAAUCAAAAACAAAACCCUCGUGAAAGAGUUGCGUCCCUUUUCUUGAGUGAUGAACAGCGUGGUGUCCUCGAAGCCGUUGUUGAUAAAGGGAAAAGCAUAUUCUUCACAGGCUCGGCAGGUACUGGUAAAUCCGUUCUCAUGAGAGAGAUUAUCAAAAAGCUUCGGGACAAAUAUAGACGAGAGCCUGAUCGUGUCGCUGUGACCGCAUCUACCGGCCUAGCCGCCUGUAACAUUGAAGGUGUCACGUUGCAUAGCUUCGCAGGUAUUGGAUUAGGAAAAGAACCCGCAGCAGAGCUUGUCAAGAAGGCAAGUAACAAUUUCUACAAUAUAUCAGGUAUAAUAUUAAUACCAAACAGGUUAAAAAGAAUCAAAAGGCUCGGAAUCGUUGGUUGCGGACAAAGGUUUUAAUCGUUGAUGAGGUGUCCAUGGUGGACGGGGAUCUCUUUGACAAACUGGAAGAGAUUGCGCGACGUAUCCGAAAUAAUGGGAGACCUUUUGGAGGAAUACAACUGGUCGUAACUGGGGACUUUUUCCAACUUCCUCCUGUACCGGAGACUUCUUCCCGGGAAGCCAAAUUUGCCUUUGAUGCCGCCACCUGGUGUACAUCGAUUGAACACACCAUAUUAUUAACGCACGUUUUUCGACAAAAAGAUCCUGUUUUUGCAGAUAUGUUAAACGAGAUGAGAUUAGGAAAGAUAUCUCCCGCGACGACUGACGCCUUCAGAAAGCUCUCACGUCCACUAGACUUUCAUGACGCUAUAGAUGCGACUGAGCUGUGAGUUACACUGUGUCCUCUAAUUGAAGUUUUGUUA